AUGGAUGUGGUACAUGAAAUCGAGCAGUUUAUUCUGUCUCUAGCUACACUGUUGAGAGAAAUUGAACGUAACAUGCACAACCCAAACGUGGCUGUUCUCGAAAAUGUUAGCCGGAGAUUAGAAGGUAGUCUAGGUCUGUUGCAAGUUGUUCGUUCCUGUCUGAGUGAGUUGUCCAGCAGCCCAGAUCAAAUGGAAGAUCUUAGGCGGCUUGCACUCAUACUAGAGCACUCUCAAGGAGCAUGCAAUGGUGCUAGAGUAAGGAGCAGUGUGGAGUUACGCUUGUGUGAUGCUGCAGUCACAGUCCACUCCCAAGAAACACCUGGCAGACCACCUAUUUGGCUGCCUAGAGAAACUCUUGAGUUUUGUGAGAGCAUGAGAUUACCGUGGUCACAAGUUGCUAGAAAUUUAGGUAUUUCAACACGCACUCUGCUGCGCAGGAGACACGAAUAUGCAAUGGCUAUAGGAGCAAGCAGAUUUGAUGAAAUUUCAGAUCCUGAGCUAGAUCAAAUUGUGGAUAAUUGCCUUCAAGCAACUCCUAACGCCGGAGGAACAUACAUUAGAGGAUCUGUCGCUGAUCGCGGCUGGCGUAUUCAGCGAGACCGAAUACGAGACUCAUUAGGACGAGUUGACCCUGUGAGUCGGUCCCUUAGACGAACUCGUACUAUCUUCCGUCGGCAGUACAGUGUACCAGGACCUAACGCGUUGUGGCAUAUAGAUGUUAAUCAUAAGCUAAUUCGGUGGAGAUUUGUAAUACAUGGAUGCACUGAUGGAUUCAGUCGCUAUAUCGUUUAUCUUGCUGUCAGCAACAACAACUGUGCUGCUACCGUUUUGUCACUGUUUGAAGAUGGAGUCAGGCGUUGUGGACUUCCAUCUAGAGUACGAGCAGAUAGAGGUGUGGAAAAUGUUGACGUCGCAAGAUAUAUGCUGUAUCACCCUGCCCGUGGAGUAAACAGAGGUAGCAUGAUUUGUGGUUCAAGCGUACACAACCAACGGAUAGAACGCCUUUGGAGGGAACUACGAAGGGUUGUGCUGCGCCACUACGAAAUGGUAUUCUGUUCGUUAGAAGAGAGCCGACUGCUUGAUCCACUUAAUGAAGUUCAUCUUUACCGCCUUCAUUAUAUUUUUAUGCCAAGAAUUUCAAGAUCACUCGAUGAUUUUGUUGGACAAUGGAAUAACCAUUCUUUGAGAACAGAGCAUGGCAGAACGCCAAGGCAGAUGUUUGAGUUUCCACUAGCAUUCAGUAAACGUCUCGCUGAACGAUCGUUUUCUAAUACAAGUUGGACCCUGUACGGAAUAGAUGACGAAGCUCCGGCUGGUUCUGCAGAGGAUGAAAGAGAAGGAAUUACAGUGCCACAAGUAGAAACUCUAUUGACGGAAGAAGACUUUAGACAGUUAAGAAAUGCGGUAGAUCCUCUCUCUGUUGAUGAUAGAGAACAUGGAUGUAAUCUGUACUGUCAGGCAUUAAGGCUAGUGAAUACGUUUAUUGGAUAAGCUGAAAGUUUCUGAUGCUGUAAUUACUAUUCUUUUUACAAAUCUACAUAAUUAUAAAUAAUUGUUGUAUAUUUGGUCGCAAUUGAAUUCACUUGGAUUCACU